AUGGAUCCAGUAGAGCACUCGUAUGCGACCUCAGAAGCUUCCCAGCUCCAGCUGUCAAUAGGAAGCAAGCGGGACUGUGUUGAUAUCGUGUUCAUGGAUUGGCUGUGCGUGGAAUUCCGUGAGAGACUUCUGGAUGCACUGGCGAGCUCUCGUGACAGUACUUUCAUUAAAUUGAAGCAUUCAGCCAAAAGAAACAUACUCGACAUUCUAGACUGCAUCAGCUCCAUUUCUGUCUCGGAGAAGGAGAAAGGGAAAGAGACAGAAAGCUUUUCAGAUACGCCCCGAACCAGCCUCGAUACCAUCCCAGCGGAUACUCCACCCGAAUAUUUGGGGAUCCAUGGGGACUCACCGCCGGCGGAACUUUUUCAACACCUUAUCGACAUCGACCUCGAAUCUCUUGGCCUGUCGCUCUCCACGACAUCCACAGAAUCUGGCGCGACGGGUGAGUGGCCAAUCCUGUCACCUAGAGUCUUAAUCCCCGACGGCGAGGCGCUGCUGCGGAGUGGCGACUCUGACCAAUGCGACAGGAUAGACAUUGCAGGGAGCGAUGAAAUGCAGUGGUGGUCCAUGCAGGGUGGCUUUAAUCACACCCCUGCCCGAAUGAGUCCAAAGACACUGAGCAAUGUGCCUCUCUGGCCAGGGGGUCAGAGCCAGGAUCCAACUCAAGUGCCGACUCCUGCGGUUUUAGACUUUAUGGACAUGGAUCUACUGGCGGAACAAGAAGAUAUGUAUGGUUCCACCAGUCAAUCCAACCCGAAAGAGGGUGCAGCCCUACCUGUGUCUGUGACACAGAUGGGGAAUAAUGAUAUCCAACUAGAAGAGGUCCGAGAGGGCCUUGUCGCCCCAUUGAUCGGGUCACCGGCACCAGAUCAAAGUGUUGGAUCUAUCCUAGAUCCACAACGACGGAGUACUCACUCACCGGCGCUAAAUAGAGCUGUUGGACAUGUCACAAGUCCGCAGCGACGGGUGACACUCUCUCCGGCUCCCAACCCCCCGGCCUCCACACAGCAGCCUACUCCCUCCGUAGCCCAAGCCCAAAGCUCAGUUGCCUGUGAUUCCCGCGUAAGCCGUGCGGUUUCCCACAAUAUCCUGGCUUCGUCCCCUGCUAGCGUUGGUGGUGCACAGGUCAUCCGAGCGCAGUCCACACCUCAAAUGCCUGGGAAUGCGUCUGAGGGUGGUAAGGAGACUCUAGUGGCGGCACCACCCUGCAGCGAGGUAGAGGAAGGGGGUCACGAGGCUAUAGCUCCCUACGCAACUGGGAUCUCAUCGCUGGUGGGGUUGGGUUGCACCCCGGUUCAUUUGCCGUCGGCCACUCAGGUGUUUGCUGCGUUUAGCCACCACCUCUCGGAAAGCAAGCGCUCUGUGGCACAGCUCUUGACUUGUCUCUUUUACGCAGUUGGGAGUCCUGACGCUGUGAUUCAAUUACGCCAUGCACUUCAAUUCGCACGAAAGACCUCCGUGAUUCCGGUGGUACAAUCCGGCCUUCAGAACGACCUCGCAACCACUGUGCAAGCCCUUGACCGACUCGACUCCAUCACUGCCCUCUCACACAUCCUCCGGCGAUAUUACCUUGUUCGUCUCUCAGCCCAUCGGACCCGACUGGAACAAGAUCAUAUUGCUACCAAACUUGCUGGGCGAGGAUCCAAGCGCAUGCUCAAAUAUGACUGCGCUCGCCUAUAG